AUAUCGUUAAAGAAGGAAAACAAUAAUGUCACUGUUGGAGGGCGUUGUCUGUGUGUGCAAAACUCAGCUCGAGGACAGUAUAAAAGCAUCUGAUCUCUGCGCUGUCUCACCACACCUGACUGAUUGUCUCCUCUUCCGCUCUCCAAGACUCAGGUUCCCUAGACACUCAGCGAGAUGACGAGCAAGCUGGAAAAUGCCUUGAAUGACGUUAUCGAAGUGUACCACCAGUACUCCGAGAAAAGGCCCAACCCGGACGAUUUCCUGCAGAAGCACGAGUUCAAGCAGCUGUUAAAGCAGAACGCCAAGUCAUUUCUGAAGUGCACUCUGCCGCACGGGUCGACGGAAGACAAAUACAUAGAAGACCUGUUUAAGAAGGCCGACAAAAACGGAAAUGGAUACCUCCAUUUCGAAGAGUUCGUUACCACGCUGGCGAAAUUGGCCAUACACGCUCACAAUAUCUCACACGAGCCUUGUGACGAAACGCCUGGGAAGGAUGGGCAUGGCCAUGGCCAUGGCCAUGGCCAUGGGCAUGGCCCCAAUUAACUUGGGCAUGAGCUUAAUUCUGACCCCGCUGCUGGGCAUGGGUGUCAUGGCUGUGGCACUAACCCCAGCGAUGAUCCUAACCACCCAAGUCAGGGAGACUCUUUGAGUUAAAACAAGAUGAAAUUUUGCAAAUAUCAAAUGUAACCAGAGAAUCUUUGCCUGUUUGGGCUGAUAACGUAGCAAUAAAACUUGCCUCUCACGCAA